CCGCCCCCGCCGCCACCAUGAUGGAGGAGAUAGACCGGUUCCAGGUGCCCGCCGUGCGCGCCGAGAUGCAGCCGCUGGAUCCAACCGCUGCAUCUAUUUCGGACAGAGACUGUGAUACAAGAGAGGGAGAGACUGUAGCCAUGAACUAUAAGCCGUCCCCACUCCAAGUGAAAUUAGAGAAGCAGAGGGAGCUGGCUCGGAAGGGCUCUCUGAAGAAUGGCAACAUGGGAAGCCCAGUUAAUCAGCAGCCCAAGAAGAACAAUGUGAUGGCACGGACAAGGCUCGUCGUUCCCAACAAGGGCUAUUCGUCAUUAGAUCAGAGUCCAGAUGAAAAGCCACUGGUAGCCCUGGAUACAGACAGUGAUGAUGACUUUGACAUGUCCAGAUAUUCCUCCUCGGGAUACUCGUCAGCUGAGCAGAUCAACCAAGACUUGAACAUCCAGCUGCUGAAGGAUGGGUACCGGUUAGAUGAGAUCCCAGAUGAUGAGGACCUUGAUCUAAUCCCCCCUAAAUCGGUCAAUCCUACCUGCAUGUGUUGCCAAGCCACCUCCUCCACCGCCUGUCACAUCCAGUAGUGAGGCCGGCAGGCUGUGAUCAGUGCUUUCCACUAUAACUGUAAAACUUAACAGCCAUUGCUUCCUCCUAUGGUAGGACGUGCACCUCUUUGUGUUCAUGGAGCUAGGAGAAACCCAAAAAUUCAUUUUAUGAUAGAUUGAUAAGUUAUUUUAAACUAUUGUUAAACAAAAAACAAGUUGCUCAAAGUGCCAGGCAAUGCCUGACAGAACUGACUGGUCUGAAAAGUGAAUGCAGAAGGGUCGAGAGACCAUUCUGGGGGUUUUGUAGGCAACAGGGAUAUUUCGUAAGGUGUUAGUUCCAGAACAGAAAGUUGGGCUACAGUUAAUCCUACCUGCAAGACCAAGAGGUGUCAAGGGGUUUACCUGAGGUCAGUUCAUAGUUCAUUCACUAAGCAUGAUUUGAUCUGUGUAACCAAAAUUGUACCACAACAGAGGCACAAAUGGCAACAGAAUAGGGCAUCCUUUCUUAGGGCAGCUCUAGCUAGGACUAACACAACACAAUUCAUUCACUUGCAAAGAGGGCGAAUAGGUGGCAUUUCACUGUGAGUCAGUACUAGCUAGAGCUGUCGUGUCACAUAUCCAGUGCAGUCUUCCUUUGGCACCACAUUAUCUCCAAACACAUUACAUUUGAUCUACGAUCCAUCCAUGCUCUGAGGGGAUUCAGUCUUUGACUGAGAAUGCCAUAGUCAUGAAUUCAGUUAUACCGACUUCAGCUUAUACUUAAUUCCUGUGAGACCCAUUUGUUUCCAAAAGUCUCCAACUUUGUUCAACUAAGAAAAAAUGAAACUUGCUAAGACAGGAACUGAAGGUCAGUGCCGAAAAAGCUAGUAGAAGAAAGCAUAUUUUUACAGAGCUUGGCUGUUGAUAUUCCUUUGACACUGCAUCUCCUGGUGCUUGUGGGAGAGAUUUGUUAACCUUGUGGUGUCAGACUUUAAGGGAGUUUUAAGCAACAGAAGGAUAAUGAGCAGAUUCAGCUGGAAAAAAAAAAAAAAAAGCCACAGGAGGAAACCUUUAUUUA